GUAGAUCAUGUGACGAGCUAAUCUUUUAUAAUGGCACAAGGUGAUUAUAGUGCAAAGUAUCACAAAUUGUCAUCAGAAGGUAAAAGUGAAGAUGAAACCCCACAACAGGCUAGAUCUAAUCCCGGCAUCAAUGAGCUAGUGAAGACAUUGGGUGGAAAGGGAGCGGGAGGUCUUUCCAAAGACCAAAUACAAGCUAUUGCUGUUUGUUGUCGCUUUGCCUUAGACAUGAAUGAAGUACAAAUCCAGUCACUAUUGAAUGAAUCGUUUUCUGAACUUUUUGAAAGAGGCAUAAAACAGAAUCACACAAAUCCCGAGGAUCUUUUAUACUUUAUGCUGGAGAGACUAGGAUGCAACAUGAAUGGGCUUCCUUGCUCUGCGUCACCUAACGACGACGAUGUUUACAAGCAAAUCGACAUUAUCCUCACGCUAGCAACCACAGUAAUAUCAAUGAGUGAAAGUGAUUACAAUAAAUUCAAGAGGUUUCAUACUGAGCAAAAUGGUGGGGUAUUGUUAGGCCAUGUAGAUAUUAAGCAUCGCUGUGACCUUGUUUGUCGUCUCUUAGAGAAGAAACCACUUCAUGCAGAGGGAGACAUCAGUAUUGUCUCUGAUUGGCUACAAGAGUCUGGCUGUUCAAGCUACCAACAGAAGCUACGAGACUACUGUAAGAGACAUCGUAUCAAGGUUUCAAGGCAAUUGGAAACUUGUACCUGUUGCUUUAUUGUGGUAGUUUUAUUGAUCCUUUGUUCCCUGAUGAUUGCUAUUAUUUUGAACCUAUGGUUCAUUCCAUCCAUUGACGUCAAUGUAAAAGACCCACAGAAUCAGACCUACCCAAUUGGUGUCAACACUACCAUUAAAUUGGACUGCUUCGAUACUUCAAUUACAGAUUUAGUUGAUGUCAGUUCCUUGACGCUGGACUACGCUACUGUAUACGCCAUACCUGAAGAUCAUAUUAGCACGCAUCUCCUGGUCUUACCAUACAUUUAUAAUAAAUGCCAUUCUGGUCAUUCCUCUCUUCCCAUCUCCAUUUCAUAUUUCGAUUGUCACGAGCCUAUUUAUACAGCAAGUGGUGGAGGGACUCUUAAUUUAUUUAUCGAUUUGGUAAAUAGCAAUCCUGACAGGGUCUCUUGUGCAAUGAGAUUGUUUGGUUUUUCUAAUGACUCCGAUUACAUUAGCUACACACGUGUUGCUAGAGAUCCUCGAGAUGAUCCACCUCGUUUCGUAUACAGUUCAGAUUGUUAUAAUGGUAGUAAUGGAACUCAUUCAUUCUCGAUAACAUUGCCGCGUGAUUCUCUGCUCUAUUUUGUUCUUGCUGUAGUUAAUCAAACUGAAGUUACUGUCAGCAUUUCAGGAAAUAUAUCAGCAUAUUCAAAUGCAGCAAAAUACAGAGUUGAUGAGUGCCAUCUUACUUCAUCAAAUAAAUAUUGCUCUAUCGUGAUAAAUCCCAAAAAGAGCAGAUAUAAGAACAAUCGUGGUAACUUGUGUCUUUUUGGUAACACUACUAUUGGAUUUGAAGGGAAAGUGAAUCUGUUCGCUACAUUUAUAACGAAGAGAGUCUAUCCUCAAAAGUACUGGAUAUCCUCUCUUCCUCUCUGCGGCUUAACAUUAAUUAUUUUCUUUGUUUUAUUUAUCAUUAUUGUUGCUUAUUGUCGUCAGCGUCGUAACAGAAGAAAGAGAAUAACAGGAGUAACCAAAGGACAAGUACAUGCUAAGUAACUGCCAUUUAUUUUAUUGUUGCUGUUUAUUAUUAUUAUUGCUAAUAGGAACAUUUUUAUUAAAUCAUGUG